UCCAUUAUGUGACGGGGGAUGGUUGUUGUGGCACUUCUGGAGUACAUCGUUUGUAGUUUUGUACCUUACAGCGCCUCCCCUCCAUUUGCGAUUAUAGAAGCUCCGAUUAUUUUUGGGGCUCCUCUCUUCCUUUCUUUAUCGUUCAUCACGGUCUGGCAUCUUUUUGGAUCUCUUUCCCACCAAAUUAGGGUUUAUAGCCUUUACAGCGCCCUCUAGGAUUCGUGCUUCCCUUCCUUUCUCCAAUCCUCUGGUUUUAUGUUCGCCUGACUUGACCUAAAUUUGCCUCUUUUUCCAAGGGCUUAGACCCGGGGAGCUCCUGCUUCCCCUGCUGCUAAACUUAUUUCUCCUAAUAUUUUCCGUUGACAUGUUUUGGAAGCUCACUUCUUUAUCUGCCUCCUCUCCUGUGGAGGCAAUAUUAGACCAGGAGAAUUUCACGUUAGAAGAGCUUCUAGAUGAAGAGGAAAUAAUUCAAGAAUGCAAGGCCUUAAACAGUCGCCUCAUUAACUUUCUGAGGGACAGAGCUCAGGUUGAGCAAUUGCUACGCUACAUUGUUGAAGAACCACCAGAAGAUGCUGAAAGCAAGCGGGCCUUCAAGUUUCCUUUCAUCGCCUGUGAGAUUUUUACCUGUGAAAUUGAUGUUAUUCUGAAGACUUUGGUGGAGGAAGAAGAGUUAAUGAACUUACUAUUCUCCUUCCUGGAGCCGAACCGUCCUCAUGGCACCUUGCUGGCUGGGUACUUUAGCAAGGUUUUUGUUUGCCUAAUGAUUAGGAAAACUCUUCCUCUGAUGAAUUAUGUUCAAGCCCAUCAGAAUGUUUUUCAGCAACUGGUUGAUUUGAUAGGAAUUACAUCCAUUAUGGAGGUUUUGGUUCGAUUAGUAGGUGCUGAUGACCAUGUGUAUCCCAACUUUACAGAUGUGAUACAAUGGUUGGUUGAGAGCAACCUGCUGGAGAUGAUUGUUGAUAAAUUGAGCCCAUCUAGUCCUCCUGAAGUUCAUGCUAAUGCAGCUGAAACAUUGUGUACAAUAACUCGAAAUGCUUCAUCAGCUCUAGCAAUUAAACUUUCAAGCCCAAGUUUUGUGGCAAGAAUUUUGGAUCAUGCUUUGGAAUAUUCACAAUCAAAGUCUAGCCUCAUUUACUCUCUCUCCGUAUGUAUUUCUUUGCUGGAUUCCAAGAGAUCUGCAAGCUUGGCUUCCCUUUUUCAUUCUUUCCGUAGUCAAUACAUGUAUGAGGCUUCAGUUCCUGUUAAUCCAGAGACUAUUGGUGCAAUGCUUCAAAAACUUGGUGAGUUGCUUAAACUUUUGCAUGUGUCAUCUGAUGAAAAGGUAUUGCCCACAACAUAUGGAGAAUUAAGGCCUCCUCUUGGGAAGCAUCGAUUAAAGAUAGUUGAGUUUAUUGCUGUGCUUUUGAAAGCCGGGAAUGAAUUGGCCGAAGUAGAAUUAGUCAACUCAGGAAUCAUUCGACGAGUUAUUGAUCUUUUCUUUGAAUAUCCAUUCAAUAACUCAUUACACCAUCAUGUAGAAAGUAUAAUACUAUCGUGUUUGGAGAGCAAAACUGACGAAGUUGUUGAUUAUCUUCUUCGAGAGUGUGAUAUAAUUGGAAAAGUUCUCCAAGCGGAUAAAAAUCCUGUUUUUUAUAGCGACGGUGAUCAGCCAACAGUAGCUGCUGCUGGCAAACCGACCCCACGGGCAGGAAACAUUGGGCAUAUCACUCGAUUUGCCAACAAACUUGUUAACUUGGCUCAUAACCAAAGCCACAUACAGGCCUUUCUUCAGGAAAACAAUGAGUGGAAUGAGUGGCAAGCUACAAUUCUACAAGAGCGUAAUGUGGUUGAGAAUGUUCAUCGUUGGGGUUGUGGACGCCCCACUGCAUUACAAGAUAGGAUGAGGGAUAGUGAUGAUGAUGAGCUUCAUAAUAGAGAUUACGAUGUUGCAGCAUUAGCCAAUAAUUUGAACCAAGCUUUUAAUUACAAAAUUUAUGGAAACGAGGAUAAUGAAGAGGACCAUGGAGGACUUGGUCGAGAUGAUGAGGAUGUCUACUUUGGUGAUGAUUCUGCUGAGGUAGUCAUAUCGUCUCUAAGACUUGGUGAUGAUCAAGGAAGUAGCCUUUUUACAAACUCCGACUGGUUUGCAUCCCAAGAUGACAGAAAUGUAAGUGUGUUUGGGGGAACAUCAUCAUCUGAGAUGAUGGAUGAGAUUAACUUGAAUGGAGGUACUACAAAUGGUGCUAACAACAGUAGUGAUGAUGAGGUAGUGGUAGGGGAGGAAGAGGAAUCGGCUGAAAACAGAAAUACCACAAAUGGGUCGUCUAACUUGAGUACAAACUUCUUCAGUGGAUUAAGUGACCGCAAAUCAAUGAAUGGCGGCACUCUAAGCUCGGAAAGUGAGAAGGUAGGUGCUGCGCAUGAUAUGGGAUUUUUCAGGUUUGAGGCAUCUGAAAAUGAGGACCUGUUUGGGGAUAGGCCAUUACCUGACUGGGUGGGAGGGGCUGAACCAUCAGAUAUGCAAGUUUCUGGUUCAAGCACAAAUCCUUUUGUUGAUCAUGAUGAUUCUGACAGCGAUAUAUCUGCUAAAUCUCAAUUAGGCAGCCCCAAUUCUUGUUCACCUUCAAGUGGGGAAUCCGCACUUACAAAUGGUUUGUCAACUACUAGAGAUUCAAGUGAGCGGGAAGGGGACUCGAGUCAGAGAUCGGCACCAGUACCUUCCCUUUUUGAGGAGGAUGUUGAAUUUGUUGGUGUGGAAUUAGAAGGUACUGAGAAAGCUAUGGAGCAGGCUCUCAAAGAAGGAAUAGUCGGGGAAGCAGGACCGUUGAAAAGAAAUGUUGUCCCGAAAGUGCCAGAAAAGGAUAACUCUGAAGAGGGCGGACCUGGAAUGAAGGAAUUCAAUGACGCAAAUUACUGGAGGGUUGAUCAAGAGGUUGCUGUUCUGGAGUGAGAUGGAAUAGCAGCAAAUCUUGUUUCUGUUACUUGUUGUAUGAAUAGUUGCACCGUGGCUAACGUAACCCCAUUCUAGGUUCGCAGGGGCCUAUGCAGCAGAUUUAUGUACAGUGUAUUUUCGUUUCGAUUCCCUUUCGUUAGAUAUUAAAGCCUUGUUCAUUGUUUGAAGUUUUGCCACCUGUACGUGAUUUAUGGGUAUCCCCCUCAUUUAUGGAAAUUUCAAAAAAAAUUUCUGGGUCCGUUUA